UCUCUUGGUUCAGUUUAGCCUUUACGAAUAGACUUGAAUUAUUGAGAACUGUAGCAGAGGGUCCAAAGCCCCUGUAAAGGAGGAUGGUUGCAACAGCUCUUAACCAUGGCUGUUGCGUAAAAUCCAAUGGUUAAAACCCCUAAGCUAAGGUGUUAUGCGACCCGUGCCGAUGGAUGACGUGGUGGGGGGGGGGGGGGUUUAAGAAAUACCCAGCCUCUAACGGAGCCUGUGGAGUACCAGGGCACCCUUCACAGUAAUUAGUCCUUACUGCAUCACGCGGGUCACUGAUGCAGCGGACUCUUCUUUACCCAGCGACUCGUGGGAAUUUUAUGAACGACAAAACUUCACAAAAUUCGGCCACCGGCAGCCUUUCUUUGCCGGAACCAAUGGACUCAUCGGAGCGUAGUCCAAUAAAACCAAACGCACCGGGCAGAACGGAGGAGAUGGAGCAUGAGGAUGAUUUCAACCUCGACAGCGAAUCGCUGGACGGAGGACCCUCUGCUUCAUCCUUAAUCCUACUUUCUCCACAAGGGAAUGACGAAAGACAAAUGGACUUAGUUCCCGGUCCACAGACAAGGCCCGAUGACGAAGGGAAACCCGAAUCAUCGGCACCCCUUGUCAAGCGACUUUCAAAUGCGCAAAGGCGGCGACUGACCAAAAAUCUUCGCUCCGGUCUCUCGUACGAAGAAGCCAGGAAGCUGGCCCUCCUUCCAACAGAGCAGCCUGCUCAAUCAAACCAAGUCGCCGUCAAGCGACAGCGGUCGAACGACUUGGUGUCCCCAAACACCAGUACUAAGUGUCCACAGCCUGAAAAACUGCGGAACGGCACUGGUUUGGGGUCAUCGGGUUCGAAGCCGCUCCCGAAGGCCACAUAUAGGGACAUGGUGGGAGCUAUAAGCCUUGCGGUUACUUCUGCUACCCACCCCAGCUCCCUACUCACAACGGACCAGCUUCAGGCUGUCCGGACCUCCAUCCUCGAUCACAUUGCGGACCAGGAAAAUCCAACCACCAAGCCCAAGUUUAACGGUUGCCAUCUAAAAAAUGGCUUCCUGCAACUUGCCUGUGCCGACAACGACACAGUGCAGUGGUUGGAAAGGGAGGUACCUUCUCUCGUACCAUGGGAGGGAGCACAACUUCGUGUAUACCACAUGAAGGAUCUGCCGAAGGCCAGACGGUAUGUCGGUUACUUCGCGGACAGUGCGAACUCUCCGGACGAGAAGAUUCUUCGUUCACUCCAGAAUCAGAACGACCAUCUCUCUACCAAAAUGUGGCGAGUCUGUAACCGCAAAUUGGUAAAGACCUUGGUCGAACUAGUUCUGGAUAUUGACGAAGAAUCGGCCAAACUCGUUGAGAGUAGAAAUAAUGAACUGCACUACGGUUUCGGCAAAGCACGCAUCCGAAAGGUAAGCGGAAGGCCGAACGUCACAGGCAGGAAAGACUCCGUCGCAAUGACAGGGAAGGUACGUGCGGGUAACUCCUCCGGGAGUACUCUGCCACCACCCAGGUAAAGCGAUCCUGCGAAUGGGCUAAAGGUUCGCGUGGGAAACUCCUCCGGGAGUGCCCCACAACCACCCAAACGCAACCCUGCGAUUGGGAAGGUACGCGCAGGAUGCUCCCCCGUGAGUUCCCUGUCACCACCCAAACUACGCAACCCCGCGGCUGCUCGGACGGUUCCGCCGAAGACUCACAAGAGUGUGAAGCAUCAACCACCGAAAAGUCGCACCCCCCGGAGUCAAAAACCGCCACAGUGUGCGCGACAACCUUCUGUUGCCAAUCGACUGCUGCAACCGAAGCCGAACAGUGAGGAAGAGCAACUUCCAUCAACCAGUCAAACCGCUGUUGGCAGCCGUCAGCCAAUACCAGGAUCAUCUUCCGAUCCGGACAAAGACGGCAACUUCACUGCAAAGUGAGCAGCCUUCGCUGCGUGCGAGCGAAUCUCCAUCACGCAAAAGGCGCCUCGGGUGUUCUUUGCAGGAGAUUCGCCAAAGAGCAGCUAGGGGCUGCAUUCAUCCAGGAGCCGUGGAUCAACGAAUCCAAAGUUCUCGGACUUAACGCUCCUAACGAAUUUAUUCAACGCGACGUCGUUGCCGUCACGGUUGAAGUACCGACAACCAGAGGAAAGCAGGAAAUGGUUGUCGCGUCGGCCUACUUCCUGGGCGACCUAGGUGAUAUACCGCCACCCGAAGUUGCUGCGCUCGUGCGGUACUGCAAGGCCAUCAACAAGCCGUUUCUGAUCGGCUGCGAUGCCAACGCUCACCACACGAUCUGGGGCAGCUCGAACACCAACACCAGGGCAUCAUGAAUUACAAACCGUUUUCGUAUUAUUGUACUUGACCGAGGAGCACAUGCCAAUACAUUCAGUGCUUAAGUUGUAAAAAUUCAUCUCGAUCAUACUCAUGGUUCAUAACAAUUUACAGAAGGGGCAUCUUUGCCGAUUGUGGAUUCCGGCCUUUCUCCGGUUAAACUCCGUCUACUUACAGCAUCAUGAAAUACAAACAAUCUUCAUAUUCAUAUACUUGACCAAGGAUUCCGACGAUACCUUCGGAAAAUUAAAAUUCUUUCUGCUUUGUUUAUUUUAAACAUUUAACAAGGCUGAAAUUAUUAACUGUUACUGCACAGUUCAAUUGUCUGAGUCAACUUGAGCACAUCGAUUAGUGCGUUUUCGACGUAGAAUUAUGUCUUACGGCAACAUAUAUAGGGGUACAAAUUGUAAAACCGAAAGCAUCGAGAGCGUCACGAAUAUUGCCCACUUUCAAAAGUUCUGAACUCAGCUAGUUUCUAACGGAUUCCGUUUAUUUUUAAAGCAAAAAUAAUAUACGGAACAAAUACGGAAAAAUAUAUCGCUUCACACCAUUAAAAUGAUUAACCCUAAUCGAGUGUAUUUCCAAAUCUAUUGCAAAAAAAUAUUGACAUAAGACAGGCUGUCGUAAUUCUACGUUAACCUUGCGGUCGUUUUUUAUAAACAACCUCUUCCACUUUUUUCAAAUAAAUAAUGAAAGCUUCAGGAGUUUCACUAGAGAGCUGAAUUUUUGUUGAAUUUGAGUAUGUUUUCAAGUUGUUAUUGUCGUUGGAAUUUCAGGUCAAUAUUUUUUAAAUAGACAUAU